GCGGCUCCAACCACAAGCAUCGGCGCACACGAGCAUAACCGCCGGUUACCGAAAGGCGAAAGCUCUCGCGCACGCGGCCGCAUAGUCAAUCUUCCCCCUGUUCGCGAAACCUAGAAACAUCCGCGCUCCCGGCCAGCCGCCGCAGGCAGGUUGGCUAGUGGCUACCUAAUAGGUCGCCGACUCGCCGGCCAUCGACUCGAAUCUACUCACCACUCGGUCGCCGGCAGCCGCCCGCGGCCUGCGAGCCGGCAUCUGCCGAGGCCCAGGGACCAGGGUUUUAGCAGGUUUCCAUAUUGCUAUUCUGUUCCGCGAUUUGCCCCGGGGAAAGGGGAGAGCGGCGCGGCGCGGCGCACCUGGAUAUCGCGGGUGGCGGCGAAUCCUCUCCGCUGUUCGCGGCCGCGCUCCUCUCCGCGACGCGCGUCGGCGGCUCCGCGGCCCCGCCGUCCGCCCCUCCCGCCACCGCGCGUCGGCGCUUCUUCGCUCAGUCCGCGGUCCGGCAUCUCGCCGUGCUGCUGCGAGGGUCUGCGACCCCGCCAUUCCUCACCUCUCCAGUCUCCACGACCGCGCCUCUCCGCCAGCUGGCUCCUCUCCGGCGGUUGCUGCUCUACUGUCCUGCUUGAUCAAUACGACCGAACAGUUGUGUUGUUGGUCCAAUUGGAGAUGUCGGAACCACAUGAGAAAAAUAAGCAUAUUGAAGAGGAAGAGGAGGUGGAAGAAGAAGAGUAUGUCUUGCUCGAGUUGGAUCAUUGUCUUUAUUCAGACAUACCACCAGGUGCUCCGUUUGUAAUCUCUGGUCUGGAUACACUGACUCCCACCCUGACAGUAGGUGAUCGUCUGAAGAUGGUUGGAGAAUACGAAGAAACUGUUGGCACAUGCUAUUUAUUCUCUGAAAGUGCUGAACCAAAACCUCCUAGUGAUGAGACUACACCUUCCGAUGUAACCACAGAAAAACCAGCCAGCAGCAGCAAGGAAGCUCCGUCGAAGGAGGUGAAUCAUCUCGCCAGCGUUCACAAGAUUCUCAAAUUUCGGCCAAUCAACGCAGAAGCACCCGCUGCACAGAGCAUAUCAGGAUAAGGACAAGGAAAUCUGCAAAAAAAAAACAUGUAACUGGAUUGUACACUUGCUGAAUUCAUCCAGUGGACAGCAACCACUUAUCAAUAUAUUUCCGCUAUCAUAUCGGUUUGUUGGUCCAUAUUGUUUCUCUCUAAUCACUCCUGUAUCUCAUGACAUAUAUGCAUUGUAGCAAACAAAUCUCCAGGUCUCGAGAUCUGGGAGCUUGUAAA